AUUUCCAAGACAACCACAACAUGAAUAGUCCUGUCGUCCUCGUCGCUGUGUUUUUGACUCUGACUGAGGCCAAAUUCUACAGACCUCCUCAGUAUUUUCCAUAUAAAGGUCCAGGUGCGCACUACGAACCAGGGAACCCCACCAGCCGACAUAAGAACCACUGCGCGUACGUUGUUGAAAAGUUGGUGUCAUUCACUGUCCAAGACGGAUCAGCUCCUUACGUCAAAGCUGAAUACAACAAGUGCACCUGGGGACAAAAAUGCCCGACUCUGCAAUAUCGACUGAUGUAUAAGCCCAUGUUUAAAGUGGAACAUAAAACUGUGACAGAGCUGGAGUGGCGCUGCUGUCCCGGGUACAACGGUUACGCCUGCAUGGAGGGGGCGUAUCAUCACUACGUGCCGCCGUUUAAAGGUCCACCAAUGAUGAAGGGUCCACCCAUGAUGAAGGGUCCACCCAUGAUGAAGGGUCCACCCAUGAUGAAGGGGCCCCCAAUGAGCAGGCCGCCAUUUCAAGAUCCCCAAUGGGCUCAACCUCACCUACCUUCAACCACAGGAUUUAACACUCAGGGACAUUUUGAUCCUCCAACCUCCUCCUCCUCGUCCUCGUCCUACCCAGACUCCUCCUUUGAGCCUCAUACAGCGGAGACUGAGCACCCGCCCGAACACGUAGACCCCCUCCAGCACCCGGACCCCCUCCAGCACCAGGACUCCUUGCAUCACCCGGGCCCCCUGCACCACGAGCACGGGCCUGUCUCCGAGCUCCACGGCCCAGAGGAACAUCUGCCAGAGGAGACUGUGGCUCCUGAAGCUCAAACCGUCACCAGUGCGAUGGAGGAGAGGCUGCUCCAGAUGGAGGAGGAAGUGCAGCGUUUGAAUCAUGGUCUGGAGACGCUGCGAGGCACAGUCCAGGCACUAGAGGGCAGUCUACGAGCCUCUCUCAGAGAAGACGCCAACAGAAUGCUCUCCACUCUGCUCUCCGCUGCCCCCGCCCCUGUGCAGGCUGCCGCCGCCGCCGCCUCGGGCUCCUCCUCUGUCGGUUUUGGAGAGAUUCCAGGAGACACUCACGCAGACGGCAUCGAUGGAGCGCAAACCAUCCCAGAAUUAACAGAACUAAAAGAAAAAGUAGAUGGUCUGAAAUCUGAGCUGCGGGUCAAAAUAUCAGAGCUGAAAGAGCUGAAAGCAGCAGUGAGCGGACACAACCAGGCGCUGAAAAAACUAUCGAACCAAAACUCCCGGGUCGUUUCUGAGGACAACAAAGCUCUAGAAACCAUGAUGGACACCAAGCUCAGCGCGGCCCGGACAGAGAUACUGGGAGGGUUUGAGAAACGAGUAGAAACAGCAGAGAACCGCUGUGUGGAGAAGGCUGGAGAUGUGCAGCAUCAGUGCAAGAAAGAACAAGGACUAACACAGCACCACCUACAGGACGCUUUAGUGGACAGCACCACAGAUUUAAAAACUGAGAUCAUUCAGCUUCAGCUGCAAAUCAACGACCUCAAAGCGACGAACAGCUGCUGUGGUCGAACGGCAGGUUUAGAGCAAAGACUGGACCUCCUGGAAACAUCGAUGACGGGACUGAACCAGUCACAGGGGCAUCUGCGGGUGGAGAUGAGCGGGCACAAGGACCACAUCGAGGGCGUUUUAGAGGGCCGCGUGGCGUACUUAGAGGAGAAGCUCAAUGUCACAGGACACAAUCAGAGUAACGACACUGAGAGGAGAAACGACGUGUUUGAGGCGGCGGAAAUGAGACUCACUAUAGAGGACAGAAUGGAGGCUAAGCUGAGGGCUCUGGAGAGUCGCCUUCUGACCGCUGUGGAGGAGCUGAGUAACGCUACUGCCCCCUCUCUGCUGGAGGGCCACGCCAUCCCCACACUGGAGACAGAGCUGGAGUCUCUGCAGAGCCGACUGGAGGUGGAUGUGGACAGAGUGCAGAAACAGAUCCAGAGUCUGGAGACGCUCUGCUCCUCGUCCUGCUCUCCCCCUCAAACCCCCUCCCCCGUCCAGGCAGACGCCAGCGUGAAUGAGCCAAACGUGAGCGGGACACUGGACGCUCAGACUGACCGCUUAAACAGACUCAACGCCACACUCCAGAGCCUCCUGAAGCACCUCCAGGAGCAGGACUCGCCCAUUCACGGGGAGCUCACAGUUCUGAAGUUCAACAUGUUUUCUGUGAACCACACGCUGAAGGGGCUGCAGGACCAGGUGGACCAGGCCAACAGCACGUGGCACGAGCGAGAGGCCCGGCUCGCCCAUCAGAUAAAGGGCGUGGUGCAGCUGGUCAGCCGCCAGGCCUCUAUGCUGGGCUCAGGAGAGCGCAGACUCACCCGCCUCAAGGGGGAGCUGUCGGACAUGAAGAGGAGAGUGGCCGAUGAGGUGAGGGGCUGCCGGAGCACAGCUAUGGGCGUUCAGAAGGAGGUGACGGAGGUGGGCGGGCGGGUGGCGAGCGUGGAGCAUCAGUGCAAAGGCCUGACCGUCCUGACAGAAGAUCUGGAGAGGAUCAGGGAGGAGCUGGAGAAACAGUCCACAGACGUCCUCCUGCAGGUGAACGGGACUCUGUCCAACCACACGCAGCAGCUCUCUGAGCUCAAACACGAACUCAGGAACUGCACGACCAGAACAGAAACAACGCAGAGUCUAGAGUCAGAGGAGGCUCCACGAGGAGACACCUUCAUUUUACAUUAACUCAUUUCCACUAAAGCUCACGUGACUUGACCUA